CAUUUCAGCUCACCAGAUGUCGUGAGAGCAGAGCAGCAGCUGAGAAAAGUAAACAGGCUGGAGAAUAUUGGAAAGAUCCUCUUUAUUCUUUUUUCCUGAAUCGGCCAUCAAGUUUGGGAUCAGGCGCCGAUGUCUGCCCAAAACAUCACUUGUCCGAAGGUGCUCUUUAGGUACCUGAUGCGCGAGUGUCAGCGCCUGCCGAAGGGUCCUAGGGAGUACUACCGACAUUUCAUCAAGCAGAGUUUCAAACAGCAUACUGAGGAAAAGGACCCUGAAAGGGUUCAAGAAAUUAUCAAAAGGUCCGUAGAAGACGCUGAAUGGAUUAUGAAAAAGUACAAGAACUACAAGCCUCCAAGCACUUCAACCUGAGAAGGCAAAUAGGGUAGAUUAAUGAAUUUAUUUUUAAUUGUUUUAUUAAAAAAGUCUUAUUGAAACUGUUACUUAUUAUUUUGGCCGUGUUUUGUCAAGCAAAACAUAUUUGUAAAUUCUUCGACCUCGCCACUUCAUGCAUAAGUUAAGCGAGAAUAGUUACCUAACACUGCAAUGCAAACAACUCUUUGUGGUGAAAUGAAAAAAAUAAAAAUUAAAAGAAAGGAAUGUGAAACUUGUUUGAAAUAAUAAACUUGUGUCAUCUUCAGGGAAAAA